CGCUGCCUAGGCUCUGGCUGUCGGUACCCUGCGCUCUCCAGGCGCGGAUCCCGCUGCACACCAGGCUCUCUCGGCGCCCCAGACCUGGUUAUUAGAAAGUGAAUUGCUUUGAAAAUAAACUACACUUUGAAGAUAUCAGAGGGACUCACUCCUGUCAUCUCAAGUGUCUGCAGGCAGGGCUGGUGAGACAGUUUCUGUGUGGUUCGGGUUUUCAGAACGUUUGCCCGGGAAGUUUACUCUCCGGCAGCGAAACCUCGAAGUCUAGUAUGAUCCUGUCUAACACCACGGCUGUGACACCCUUUCUGACGGAGCUGUGGCAGGGGACAGCUCAACAGGGCAGCAACACGUCUGGCCUGGCCCGCAGGUCCCCCGGUUACACCGACGGUGAGAUGGAGGCUCUCUACAUUCUCAUGGUGCUCGGCUUCUUCGGUUUCUUCACCCUGGGCAUCAUGCUGAGCUACAUCCGCUCCAAGAAGCUGGAGCACUCCCAUGACCCCUUCAACGUGUACAUAGAGUCCGACUCCUGGCAGGAGAAGGACAAAGCGUACUUCCAGGCCCGGGUUCUGGAGAACUACAAGGCAUGUUAUGUCAUUGAAAACCAGCUGGCUGUGGAACAGCCCAACACGCACCUUCCCGAGAUGAAGACUUCGUCAUGACCCCACAACUGGUUAGAACUGGACAAAGCCUACUUGACAAUCUGAUUUUUCUAAUCCUUUGCCUCUUAUAUUCUUUAUUCCAUGGAUACAAUUGAGGGUUUUUGCUACUGUAAGAAGUGAGCGGUGGAUUAAUAACAUAAUUUCUCUAAAAUUGCACUCCUUCUAUAACAAGACUGUCAGCUGUUCACCAGCACCUGUCCCUGCCUUGUUAAUUUUAGCAGAAGCCCUGAGAUCAUGGCCUCUGAGAAUAAGAGCUGUAUUUCCCAGACUCCCUUGCAGCUAGCAAGGCCAUGUGAUGAAAUUCUAGCCAGUAGUAGUGGGGGUGAUGGGGGUAAUUUCCAAGUGAUCCUUGAAAAGGAAAGGACGUAUCCUCCACUUCCCUUUCUCCUUUCCCAGUGA